AUGAUGCCUUUGCUGCUUUUCGCCUUUGGUCGCUUCUUCAUCGAUGUAGACCAUGUUGUUAUACCCUAUGGCAACAUCUCAUUGCAAUUGGCGAUAUUAAUGCUUUCCGCAGUGGCCGGUAUCGGCUUGGCCAGUCGGUGGCCGGAUAUUGCGCGACGGCGCAUCCGGCCCUUCCUCACGCCGUGUAUUCUCAUUAUGCUCGUUUUUGUCAUCGGCGUCGGCACCUGGUUGCACUAUCGUGUAUACCGACUUAUGGUCGUAUAUCCGGUACUCUGUGGUGUUGGCGCAUGUCUGCCCUGGACAGGCUUCAUCGUCUCUAUGCUUGCUGCCUGGUGUCUACUGCGCGGACCUCGUUCAGUAAUCCUCACCAUAGGCCUAGAAACUGGCAUCCAGAAUUAUGGCAUUGCAUUACUUGUACUACAUUAUUCAAUGCCACAACCAGCCGGCGACCUGGGCUCCGUAAUGCCUUGGAUCGUAGCCUUUUUCACUCCUAUUCCACUCUAUCUGGCCUUUAUGGCUCGUGUUUCUUGGCGUCUACAUCAACGCUUUAUCGCGCAUCGACAUGGAUCGGCAGGAUGUCAGUCAGUAGUCGGCCCAGCAGUCAUCUCUGAUGCUGAAUAUGGGCUAAAUACUGAAAAACCUAAAGACCUAGUGCCGUGGCCUGUGUGGGAUAAUCGAAUUGUGCAGAAUAGUUAA